CGCAUUACCGCACGCCGUGCUCCGCGGCCUGUACUCAGUUCCAUUUACCACACGACUUGUCUCAAUGGGAGGACAACCAAGGUAUCCGUACCCAAAGACGGUGUGGUCGCCAGCCGGUGGCUGGUGGGUUCAGCCAUCCAAUUGGAAAACCAAUACCGCAUUUGCCUUUGCUGGGAUCCUGAUCGUCACAUACGGAGUAUGGAACUUGAGUGCAGACAAGGAGUGGAGAUACAUACAGCCAACUCGUCCCAUUCCAUCGAUGCUGUGGGCAAAGCAGUACAGAGAUCAGGAAAAGAAAGUAACGGAAAGUUGAGCCUUGGGCUAUCUCUUAUAGGGAAGAUCCAUCCUUCAGAAGAAUUGCUCUUGUAUCCUAUGAGGUUGCCCUGCGAGCAACUGUUUGCAUUCCACUCGACCCUGUGUUCGUCUUGUAAAAGACGUGUUCUUUUGAAACAUGAUUCAAUAUCUUGCGCGA